UUAUCCCCUGUCAAGAUGUAUGUCCGCAGUGCGCUCAUGAGUUAUCAACACACGCUAGCCACAAACGUAAACAAUGCAAUGAGCGAGAUCGACACCGUCGCGCAAGAACUGGACUUUAAAUUGGUUGUAACAAAGAAAGGAAAGCAUCGCAAACCGAGAAACAAACCACAAACAGUUCCCCGCCAGCUUGCCGAACCAGAUCGGUCCGUAUUCUGCCAGAAAACAGUAAUCACGCAAUUGCAGAGUGCAGAAGCGGACAUUUCGCAGUCUGCCUUUUUCCGUCAGUGUUUGGAGAUCGUUCCACCGAUUCUAGCCGGUGUAGAAACCAUCGUUUGUCUUGGGUUGGGCAAAUUCCACCAGUGUGCCAUUGCCCGGUAUCAGCUAGCGUUUAUACGGUGCUUACGAAAGCACACGAAUCUCACCGUGGGAGUGCAAUUUUUCGAUCCAGUGUUUACCGGAUCGGAGGUGGAAACGCUGCAGACCCUGGGGGAGACCGUUUUGCACGAAAAUCUUGAGGGCAAGUACAGUGCUGAACGCAAAACACUGUACUUCCUGCCACACUGUCCGAAGCAAAUCGUCAACAAUCUGCUGUGGAAGAAUUGGGAUCCGUGCCGUUUGGCGAACGUUGUGUUGCUGUGUAACAGUUUCAGCACCGUGGUGAACAACAACCCGGACCGUUUGCUACGCAUCAACGCGGGCUACAUUCUACGAGCGGCCGAUUUGUUCCGGGAAGUUCCGCUACGAAAUAAUUUUCGCUUUACGGAUAUAUUCAACGAUACAUCGCUGCAUUACUUUGGGGCAAACGAGGACGAGCAAAAUUCACACAUCGAUUGGAGUAACACCGACGAACCGUCGUACGAACCCGACGAUCUAGAACUCAUCUCGAAGGAGGCGCUGGCAAGUCUUGAAUUUAGCUGAACCAAUAUCUUCAAAAUCACCAUGGCAACGAGCGCUGUCCGUGCAGCGAGUAGCAGCAGAACGUUAAAGCAACUGCUCUCCGAGCUGAAAGCGAUCCGUUCCAGUGAAGGUGCCUGCGCGUACUCGCUGGCCAGCAAGUACAUUACGGAACAGUAUCGGCGGUUUGAGACCACCGAACAGCAGCACUGCAGAGCGAAGGAGGAACUGCAGUUCACCGCGCAAACAUACCGCUGUUACCUGGAAAGCUUGCGCAAGCUGAAGGAGUUGAACGAAAGCUACCGUGGUAAGGGUGAACGGAGCAUCCGCGAGACGGCUGACAUGGUUGGCUUUAAGUUGCCGCACGAUCCGAAGUAGAUUUGUGUAUUUCGCCGUGGACCGUAACGAACAUGAAGUGGAAGGUAAAUAGACUUAAACAUUAAUCAACACA